AAACACAUAUAUAAGCCAUUGUACAUAUAGGAUUAUUCAAGAAAAUAAUAAACUUUUCUUCAAAUAUUUCUCCUUCUUUUUCAAUUUCUAAUACCAAAAAUUUCUUUUCUCUAAGGCUUUUCAUCAUGGAACUUUCACUUUCUUCCAUCCAAGAUCUAGUUAAGGAAAUCAAGGAAGAGAUGUUCUUAAACAUCGAUCCUUACUCAUUUGUUUCUUCUUCUGCGUAUGACACUGCAUGGCUAGCCAUGGUUCCAAAUCCUCAGGAACUAGGUAAACCAAUGUUCAAAGGGUGCUUGGAGUGGGUAGUGAAUAACCAAAGAGAAGAAGGGUUCUGGGGAGAGUUUGAUGGCCAUGGCAUGCCCACCAUCGAGUCUCUUCCAGCAACUCUUGCAUGUGUACUCGCACUCAAGAAGUGGAAUGUUGGGACCAAGGAAGUGGAAAGAGGUGAUUACACGUGUGUAUAGGCUUGUAUGGUUUAACUAUUAGGGAACAGCUCAUCGUAGCUGUUUUCUCUAAUUAAUCAAGUUUCCUCUA